AUUCAAUAAUUAUUCCUCGUCAUAAACACAAAAAGCUGCCUUCCCUCUUCUCUCAAUGUCAACUUGUUUUUCCUAGGCCACCCCCUCCUAUACUUACAUCGCUAACAACAACGCCACCUCCCCAGCUUCCAUUGAACCUACAACAACAACUUCAUCAUUCUUCUAAUUUAUCUUCUAGAGAUGCAACAGAAAAUGAAGUAAAAAGUCGAAUUUUAAGUUCAGAAACGGUUACUCCCCAACAGCAAAGACUACCCCCGCCACCACCUUUCCCACAACAAGUUCCUCUUCUCUUUACUACACCACCACCAUCACUUGUACCACCUACAACAGCAACACCUCGUGUUGCUUCUCCUCAAAUUCCACCACCAGCCCUACUUCAACACCAACAACCUCCUCAACCACAACAGCAAUAUGUUGCUCCAACACCAAUGCCAAGUCAAAAUGAUAUACUCAAAACUGUGGUACAAGCAAUUAAUGUUGGAAAAACUAAAGAGGUUAAGUGUUGUAUGUCACCCGAAGGAGAUGAUCCAGCAACAACAACAACAGUGGAUAACAAAAGUAAACCCUAUGGAAAAUUUUUCUAA